UUGCUGCAGCUUCAGCAUCACCUCCAACUCCGCGCCUCACAUCACUUUUUCUUUCAUAUUUAAGAGUGGAACCAUGCGAGCCGCGUGUGUUUGGGCAUUUGUUGCUGUCUGGGUGGUCGGCUCCCAGCGGGCAGCAACGCGUAACGACUCCUCUCUUCUUGGAGAGGUGGUGCCGCGCAUGGAGAGUUUACUGAAUGUUUCUGCGGAUUCGGGGAACCGGACUUCGGGAUUUUUCCUCUUGGAUUUCGAUGAUGGGAUGCUGGAGGAAUGGCGCUCAUUGGCGAAUAGGAAGAGCAGCGGGAAAGAGUCGCAGGAGUGCGGAGUCAAGGUGCUGCUGGUGGCCGCCUACUCGCUCAUCAUCGUGGUGUCCCUGUUCGGGAACACGCUGGUGUGCCAUGUGGUGGCCAAAAACAAGCGCACCCAGUCCUCCACCAGCUUGUUCAUCCUGAACCUGGCAGUUGCCGAUAUUUUCAUCACAGUGCUCAAUACCCCAUUUACUCUGGUCCGAUUUGUGCACAGCACCUGGGUGUUUGGGAGGACAAUGUGCCACAUCAGUCGAUUUGUACAAUACUGCUCUCUGCACGUAUCCACUUUGACGCUCACCGCCAUUGCUCUGGACAGAAGACAGGUGAUAUUGCAUCCACUCAGACCACGGAUGACUGCAGCGCAGGGUGGUGUAUGGGUGGCUGUUAUCUGGAUAAUGGCCAGCUGCUUUUCCCUUCCACAUGCAAUCUACCAAAAACUUCUGACUUUCACCUACAGCCAGGAAAUGGAGCGCAGCCUGUGUGUCCCAGAUUUCCCUGAGCCAUCAGAUGUCUACUGGCAGUACAUUGAUCUACUGACCUUCAUCCUGCUUUACAUGCUGCCACUCCUUAUCAUCACGGCCUCCUACACCACAGUAGCUCGCCGGCUGUGGCGCCACAACGCCAUCGGCGACACAACAACAGCUCAGCACGCCACCCAGAGAAGGAAGCGCCGGAGAACAUUAGCCAUGCUGCUUCUGGUGGUUGGUGUAUUUGCUAUAUGCUGGUUUCCACUCAACUGCUAUGUGGUGCUGCUGUCCAGCCAAGCCAUCCACUCCUCCAACGCUCUCUACUUCUGCUUUCACUGGCUUGCAAUGAGCUCCACCUGCUAUAACCCCUUCAUCUACUGCUGCCUGAACCCCACCUUCCGUCAGGAGCUGCGGCUGCUCCUUGACAGGUGCCGACUCAAACGGAGAGCCGCAGUUGGGUUAGAGCCAGAGCGAGGCCCUGCGAUCGCCUGUGCUCCAUGUCACAGAGCUGCGUGGCCCGACAACCAUGAGUCCUCAAGGCAGAGCAAUGCUUUGUCCCACCCAGGCCAGGGGUCAUUGCAGCAGAGUCAGGCUUCCUCUAGUCAGAGCCACAACCUGAAAGAUGCACAUGUGCUAUUCACAGCCAGGCAACCCAUCACUGGGAGGACGGACAUCCUCUCAGUGGAACCUAUUGUUGCCGUGAGAUAACUAGACACAGCUGCCACUGUGCUGAGGAGUAUUUAAGAUUGUAAAAGACACUUGUAAAAAACAUUUUUCCUCUGCUUU